UGUGGCAGAUAACAAACUGCCUUAAAUGGCUGCUACUCCUGGGGGUUGCGUUAAGAAAGUCCUCUUUAUUAUAGAGUUUGGGAGCCUACGGUAAGGCUUGGCUAUAAGGAUUUAACGAGGUGAUAGGAGGCUGGGAUCACCCUCGGGCAAUAAAUAACUUGUUCAGCCUGGCAGUUUUUGCAUUCGGAGCUGAUCAGGCAGCCUGGAAUUUAACUCUUCAAUUGGCAGAAUUGUAAAGCACCCCCUUUUUAAUCUCUUCUCAAGCAUCCACUUCCUGGAAAGAUUUUAGUCUGCCAGCCCUAAAGGCUUUCUUUUCUGCCAAUUGGAAGACAAAUCCUAUUUUCUUCAGCUGAGAACUGUGGGAAGGACUCAGAUUACUUCGGGAAAGAGUGAGCGAGAAACACAAGCUGUUGGCUCGUCCUGCCAGAGGGAGAUCCUAACGUCUGGGUGACUGAAAACCUCACCAGAACACAACUGCAGACACGUCCAGCACCGCCAAGAUGGAAAAAGAUGAAAAAAUGUACAGGAGAGAAUUAGAGAAUGUCCAUGGUGUUCCCCUCUUCUGGAGUACCGCUGAAGUGUGGGACCAAGUGGAGAACUUCCAAGCCAAGCCAGAUGACCUUCUCAUUGCCACCUACCCAAAAUCAGGCACAACAUGGAUCAGUGAGAUUGUGGACAUGAUCUACAACAAUGGUGAUGUAGAGAAGUGUAAACGGGAUGCAAUUUUCAACAGAGUCCCUUUCAUGGAGCUGAUUAUUCCUGGAAAAAUAAAUGGGUUAGAACUGCUGGCUCAAAUCCCAUCUCCUCGAUUAGUCAAGACCCAUCUUCCAGUUCAGCUUCUUCCUGUGUCCUUUUGGGAAAACAACUGCAAGAUAAUCUAUGUUGCCCGAAAUGCAAAGGAUGUGGCUGUCUCUUACUUCCAUUUCUACCAGAUGGCAAAGAUGCACCCUGAACCUGGCACCUGGGAUGAGUACCUGGAGAAAUUCAUUGCUGGAAAAGUUGCAUUUGGAUCCUGGUAUGACCAUGUGAAAGGCUGGUGGGAGAAGAGGAAAGAGAAGCGUAUUCUGUACCUGUUCUACGAGGACAUGAAAGAGGAUCCUGAAUGUGAAAUAAGGAAAGUGUUGCAUUUCCUGGAAAAGGAUCUGAAGGAGGAAGUAUUGAAAAAGAUCCUCCAACAUACCUCAUUCCAAGAGAUGAAGAAGAACCCCACUACCAAUUACACAAUGAUGGCAUCUUCUGGAAUGGACCACAAUGUGUCUCCUUUCAUGAGAAAAGGAAUUGCAGGUGACUGGAAGAAUCACUUCACUGAGGCCCAGAACAAGGCAUUUGAUGCGGAUUAUGAAGAGAAGAUGAAGGGAUCGACCUUGCAGUUCCGAGUAGAGAUCUGAAAGAGCAGAUGCCCUUCUUCCCACUGCCUUAUGUGUUUAGUUAGGCUCAGACAAAGCAGACAUUCAGGAUGAAUCAAAUAAACAACAAUUGUUAAACAUUU